AGGAAAGGCGCUCCCCCCAGCUCUGCCCUGGCCUCGCUGCCCGCUGCCGGGAGGGGAGGGAGGACUCUGGCCCGCGCCCCCCUCCUGGCCGGCCGCCCUGCCUGCCCGGGCGCGCGCGGAGCGGGAGGCGCAGGGAGCUGUCCAGUUCAGCACCACCCGGUAAUGCAGUAGGUGGGAGCGCCUCCGCCGGGCCGGCGGGCAGGGAGUUGGGGGGGGGGCCGGCAGGCGGGCGGCCCAUCCUGCAGCAAGACGCCGGCUCCCUUGUUUCCAGGAGCUUUGCAGAUAGGGGGAGGGAAACCCGCCUCGAUUCUCCGGGAGAAACCCCUUCCCUCCCCCACUUCGCCAACACUACCCCGCCACCAACAACAAUAACCGCCGCCGCUGCUCGUCCUGCCGCCGCUGCGCCUGCCCGCCCUGCUGCUGCCGCCGCUGCCGCUGCCACUGCCGGGGCAAAACCAUGGAAGGCGAGACCCCCGCACCUGUUCAGCUGAGAUCAAGGGCUUACAGAAUACUGGGAAGUCUGGUCUGAAACGAAAGCGCCGAGACCCCCCAAGGAAGAGAACUGGCGAAGCAAAGGAUUUUCAUGGCGCAGGCCGCAGAGACGGAAGGUUGCAUCUCGGCUUUUACAAUCUCUAACUGUCUAGGUCCCGACCAUGAGAGAUUGUGUUGAGAAUGCGGCUGUUCCCUGGUUCACUGUGGAAGCCAUCUCCAAAUUAGCUAUCACAUAUGGAAACUGGAGACCAGAAUUUUAGGAAAAGAGCUUAAGGCAUCUCACUUGGGGGGGGUGGGGGGUGUCUUUUUAUUUUAUUUUUCCUUUUUUUAAAAAAAAAAAUCACUGCAACUGGAACAGUUUCUGAUCUCAAAAGGCAAGCCUCUCUUCCCGUGUGAUCUUUAUAAUUUAUACUCUUUUCCGUGAGCUUUCUUACUUCCCCUUUUUUAUAUCUCUCCAUAAUCUCUAUUCACACAUAUAUCCAUUAUAUUAGUAGUGGAAUUAUUUUUAUUUUAUUUUUUGCUUUAGUACUUGCACCCUCACACACACUCUCCCGAGAACCAGAAGUCGGUUGGGUGUUUAUAUAAUGAAGAAUUAUGGGGCUGUUUGAUCGAGGUGUUCAAAUGCUUUUAACCACCGUUGGUGCUUUCGCUGCCUUCAGUCUGAUGACCAUAGCUGUGGGAACCGACUAUUGGCUCUACUCCAGAGGGGUUUGCAAGAGCAAAAGUGUCAGUGAGAAUGAAACCAGCAAAAAGAACGAGGAAGUUAUGACCCAUUCUGGAUUAUGGAGAACCUGCUGCCUAGAAGGGAACUUCAAAGGUCUCUGCAAGCAAAUUGAUCACUUCCCAGAGGAUACAGAUUAUGAAGCUGACACAGCAGAAUAUUUCCUCCGGGCCGUGAGGGCCUCAAGCAUCUUCCCGAUCCUGAGUGUGAUUCUACUUUUCAUGGGUGGACUCUGCAUCGCAGCCAGCGAGUUCUACAAGACUCGACACAACAUCAUCCUGAGUGCUGGCAUCUUCUUCGUGUCUGCAGGUCUGAGUAACAUCAUUGGCAUCAUAGUGUACAUAUCUGCCAAUGCCGGAGACCCCUCCAAGAGCGACUCCAAAAAGAAUAGUUACUCGUAUGGCUGGUCCUUCUACUUCGGGGCCCUGUCCUUCAUCAUUGCCGAGAUGGUCGGUGUGCUGGCCGUGCACAUGUUUAUCGACCGGCACAAACAGCUGCGGGCCACGGCCCGCGCCACGGACUACCUCCAGGCCUCCGCCAUCACCCGCAUCCCCAGCUACCGCUACCGCUAUCAGCGCCGCAGCCGCUCCAGCUCCCGCUCCACCGAGCCCUCACACUCCAGGGACGCCUCCCCCGUGGGCCUCAAGGGCUUCAACACCUUGCCGUCCACGGAGAUCUCUAUGUACACCCUCAGCAGGGACCCCCUGAAGGCCACCACCACGCCCACCGCCACCUACAACUCCGACAGGGAUAACAGCUUCCUCCAAGUUCACAACUGUAUCCAGAAGGAAAACAAAGACUCUCUCCACUCGAACACAGCCAACCGCCGGACCACCCCCGUAUGAAGCCACGGGGCCCUCGCUAGCGCCUGCCCUGCCGGGUCCCAGGCAGAGCCCGAGAGUGGGGGCACGGCCCGGCCCGUGGA